CUCCUUUUACGCUCGCUGUUCCUUGGGCUGGCUUGCCCCCCUACUCUCCCGUAUCUGCCUCCCUCCAUCCAUCUUCGGAAUCUUACUCUUUUCACACACACACACCUCUCUGUGAUCUGUCUAAUUUCGAGCAAGUCACCGUUACGCUCACGCGACGGCCCCCCCCCAAGACACCGUGGUGAUCUGUCUGACACCCGAUAAUUCCUUUGUCGCGUCUUCCCAUUGGCGACCCAGACCUCUGACUUGAAAUCGCGUGUGGAGCCCGCUAUCAGUGACUGGUGUCGCUUUUCAGGUACCGCGGCCUCGAUUGUGUUGGAAUGAGAACGUCCUCCCCAUCCCGACAAAAGUCAUCAACCACCAUCAGAGCGCCGCUGCACUCGAUCACCAUCGCGCCCGACAGCGUCGUGGACGACAGGUCGCAAAACACGACCGCAUCAGCAAACAACGACGAAUGCGUAAUAUGAUUGCGUGUGGUUCGACCUCGUGUACGUUGAAACCGCCAUUUCGAGCGCCUUGAACGGUGUCUGUCACAAAGUUCUUUUCCUACGCCACCUUGUUCGGGCAGCAACGAGCCUCAUCGCUUUGUGAAACUUCACCGCGAGCACCAAAAAACUCCCAUCUGGUCCCGUCCGCGUCUGGACUCGUGAUAAGCGAAAUCAGUUUCGGUUGUUUCUUGCACUUUAGAUAUGAGCGCAAUCGCUUAUAGCCCUCCGGAGAACCGGCUGCAUCCAACACUGUCCGAUCCGUAUAACAUGCCGGUCCAUCCUGCUGGUUUGGAUGCUGCGUCGUCCGAACGACGCAUGUCGACGGCCAACGAAGGCCUCAUGGCGCUCCCGACGGUCAUGUUGCGCCGUCUGCCCAAGAAUACGACUCCCGAGGCUGUACGAACCAUGUUACUGUUUGCGAAAGACCUCCAGGACGCAGAAAUCGUCCCCAAUGAAUACGAAGAGGACGCUGGGUUCGCCACUGGAAUCGCGCGGUUCGGUUCCAUGACUGGUGCGUCCGAGGCGCAAGCCAUGUUGGACGGUAAAGCCAACACCGCCGGGCAGGCGAAAAUGAUUGUCAACGUCAUUUCAAACCACUCCAUCGCAUCCAUGGUUCGACGAAAUACUAUGGACCCCAUGGCGAGUCGCAAGAUCGCACAGUCCAGAUCACCACCACUCGCUAAUUCUCAGAGGCCUUCGAGGUUCAACGGCACAUUCCAGUCGCUGGAUAAGUCAUCUCCACCACCGGUUGGUUCGCCACCAGAUUACUCCUCCGCCGAUGCCGGACCGGCAAUGCAUACCAUAUUCUCUCCUCAGUCACCAAUCGCCAACAUGGUCACCGAACGUUCUCGGGUCAGUGGGAAGAGAUUCAUUGACGAAGAUGGAGGAGAUGACGAUACUGGAGAAUUGCUCAAAGACCCCUUGGCCUACAUCAACAAUUCGUCCGCAGUGAAUGCAGGACGAACUUCCACGAACCACCGGAUUCCCACUGCUGCAUUUCAGUCAUUGUCCCUCAAUACCAAUAUGAGCGGCACAUCAAACAGCUUUGCGUCACCUCGGUCGGCUGCGCAAAGCCGAACACCACAUUCGCAGUUCUCUCCAGGGAUCAGCUCCAAUGGUUCGUAUGGAUCGUCGGGUCAACCCUACCUACGGCACAAUUACCCACCGGUCAAUCCAGCCGAUCAGAACCCCCCGUGCAACACGCUGUAUGUGGGCAAUUUGCCGAUCGACACUUCAGAAGACGAGCUGAAGGCCAUGUUUUCAAAGCAGAGGGGUUACAAGAGACUAUGCUUUCGGACCAAACAGAACGGCCCCAUGUGCUUUGUCGAAUUUGAGGAUAUCUCAUUCGCCACCAAGGCGCUGAAUGAGUUGUAUGGCGCUCAACUGCACAACAGUGUCAAGGGCGGUAUCCGACUCAGUUUCUCCAAGAAUCCGUUGGGUGUACGUUCAGGACAACCCGGAAGCUCAAACCCAGCGACACCGCUCAGUGCGACAGGGCCUCCCAAUCUCGGCGUCUUCAGCAGUCUCGCUCCUGGCAGCUUCACGACUGCAAAUGGCCCACCGCCGGGACUAUCUGCACCCCCCGGCUUGAACAUGACCCCGCCAGGUGUCAAUGGGACUUUACCGCCCGCCUAUGUGAACCAGGGAUUUCCUGCGGGAGCAGGAGCGCAACCCAAUAUGCGGGCACUGGGAAUGAAUAACAGUCCGGCGAACCAAAACAUGGGUGGCAUGUACCCUGAUUAUAUGCUAGGACGCUAAAUGGGCACGUUACGAACGAAGAAGAGCGCGGGCUCGAUCUGUAUCAUGACAGGCAUGGAGGCAAGUUGUUGGAUGUGCAUCUAUCACAAGGAUUGAGGAUAUCCGCGUGAUGACGGGCGAUGGCAUCAUAUUUGUUGCUAGACUGGACUUUCAAGCGACCAGAAGAACUUGGCGUUGCGGUGAUGUGGGUUUCGAUUGGAUUUUGUCCUUCCUUUUUUCUUUUCGUUUUGACUUUCAAUCACGAGAUUCCCCCUUUCAGCGGACAGCAAGCAAAGUCAGGUGGGCAAGCAGGCAAGCGACAUGGCGUUUCAUAUCACUAUCACGCAGCCAGCAGUUGACAGGGCUGCAAUGGGAAAGCAUGAAUACAGGAUGGGACGCUCACCAAGGCACAGUCAUUAUCGAAGGGUUCUACAGGCAUCAAUGUUGUUUUUGUUGUGACAUUUCGGGGGGGGAGUGGUGGUGCACGGGGCACACACACGGAGUAUAUACCUAGGUAUACACACCAUCUGCUGGUAGUACUGGAUGACAUGCAUUUUGUGGUUAGGUAUAUAUAUGACAUGGAUUUGCAAGCAAGGAUCAAAUUGACAUGUGAU